AUGACUUCCUGGGCAGACCAGAAUGAUUUACUUCGUUUUGGAAAAAGAAUUCUCGAUACAACAGGUACACCAACACCAACCGAGAAAUCUCUCAUUUCCUCACUCGCUAGUGCUACGGGCGUAGGUUAUAAUGUUGCUCGGAAUGCCUACGUCAAAUCUGUACUUGAUCCUUUGUUACAAGACAAAGUUCACAAAUCAAUGAAAUGGAUUAUCAAUUCCAAUUUUGUACCGGAAUUCAUUGAUCCAAAAGAGAAUGGCACAGGCUUGGAUGAUGAUAGUUUUGAAGAAGAAAUCAUUGACCCGGCAAUCUUGAGUGCGGAUGGAGUGCCAAGUCCUAAAAGGAUGUUUAACCUUGACACGGGGAAUGUGGAAGAUUGGCCAAGUGGGCAAUAUGUAAUAUUGAGUCACAGCUGGAAAGGACAAGAAAUUACGUUUUCGUUUCUUCAAGAGGUCAGGGAGAACGCGAGGAAAAGAGAAGUCUAUGAGAUGAUACGAGAUUCUCAUGAUGAAGACGAGGAUGCAAAACGAUUCGCCAGUUUCCAAGUUAAGAAGUUUGGUCAUUUAAAAGCAGGCAAGAGUGACGUAGAAUUACUCGCUGCUCAAUGCAAGAAAGAUGUCGAUGAGCACAUCAAGAAAAUUGACAAUAUCUUGAGUCGUUCUGGAAAGGAAUCAGAUUACUCCAAUGCAGGCACUUUUCUCGCGGAUUUCACCGAGUUUAAAGAAGCUACUUCCGAAACAACGAGCUUUCGAAAAGAACUCAUCCCAAGGAGAAAAGGUGUGGAGGUGAAAGAACUGGCAGACAAGAAUCUGGAUAAGGAAAAGCAAGACAUGGGAGUCGAUGAUUCAGAAACAUCAAUCGAAAACGAGGCAAAUAUAACCAAUAGUCGGAACCAUAGCAACAAGUCAUUGAAAAUCGAUUCAAUCCUUCCUGACCUUGAAGACAAGAUGCGACUUGCCGAAAUGAGACUCGAAAAUGCAACAAGGAAGUACACCAUACUUAACAAAAUUCCCGGUCUACUUUCCGCAAUAGAGGACUUCCUCCCCAUCUUGGAGAGGCGAAAGUCUAUGUAUAAAAUUGAAAACUCUAUUGGGGAAGCAAAGAGAAUUCUUCGUUCUGGCCUUUUCCCCUCCAAUGGCUGUAAACAGUAUCUCUGGAACGAUACCAUCUGCAUCAAUAAAGGUGACGCGAAUGAGCAAAACGAAUCACUUGCCAUGAUGGGACAGUGGUACAAUAACGCAGACUUUUGUUUGGUACAUCUCGACACAUCAAGCUCAACAGAAUGGGUCAGUACUUGGCAUAGUAUCAAUAUGGAUUCUCCUGGUACAUGGGCUUGUGAUGCAAAUUUCACCAAAUUUGAAGACGUGAAGUCACCGAAAUGGUCGACUAGAGGAUGGACUUUGCAGGAAUUGGUCCUAAGUAAGAUGGCGUUUUGGGUAAACAAUCUUUGGGAGCCUUUACCUAGAGUUGUAGAAGGUUUGGGACCAUAUUACUAUCAUUGUUAUUAUCUUCAACAGCAUAUACGCGAGCAAGAUAUAACCAAUGCGCCUGAAGAAACAAAAUCUUUCCUUUCAAGCUUGGGAAAUCUUAAAUCACUCAUGGAUACCGGUGAGAAGAUCCCUUAUUUCAAUUCAACAGAAGACUUAGAAGAGUCAAGAAGAAUUAUUGGUAUUCUUAGCUACCUCGGAGUUCAAUUUCCAGGAGAAAUGAACGACGACAAUUCAGGAGCCUAUAUUCGGGACACAAUAUCUCGGGCAGCGUAUAAUAUUGAAUCACGAAUCAAUGUGGAAACACCCGCCGCUGAGAGCCUCCCGGAAACUAUUCACAAUUCUUGGACCUUAGUCGAUUAUUGUGCCCUUGCUAUUGAAGCAGAUCGAAGUAAAAUCUCUGGCUUCACCAAGGUACCUCCACCUGAGUGCUGUCGUGGACUUAGCAGACCAACUCUUCCAGCUCACGAUACCUUGUCAUUAGCAUCAUACCGAGAAUGUACCGUUCCUAUUGAUAGAGUUUACUCACUUGUGGGAGUUCUCGGUGUAAAAUUUUCAGCUUUCCAUGCAGAAGGUCCAACCAAAGCACUUUAUCGGCUACUUGAUGAAGUCGUUAUUACUACCAAUGAUGUCUCAAUCUUUAAUUGGGCGGGUAUAGAUCUUGGAAGCCCAAUCAGAGGACGAUCUCUAUAUCCGUCGAGCUUGAAUGCCUUUAGUCCAGAGAAAACGGAGAAUUAUUUCACUUCGAGGAAUGGUGAAUUAGCGAGCGCGUCCAAGGAAAAUAGAUAUAGAUUGCAAGAUACAGCAUCUAAAAUUACUUUAAUAUUGCGUCGAACCAUUGACUUUGUCAAAAGAACAGCUCAUCAAGACAUUCCAGUCGGAUUACUCCAAACUUUUCUCAAAUUUAUUGAGGAUAUUAGCUUGAAGAAACUUAGGCCUCAAUUGCAUCACCUUGGGAAGCUAGUAGUUUACCUCGAGAAUACUACAACCUUUGAGAAGUGCAAACCAAAGAUUGGCUAUAGAACUGAGAAAGAAAAGGUACAAAAAGCGCUUGUUCGUGAAGAAGAGAAACCAGCAAACCAGACUAACGGGACCGUGGCUUCGAGGUUUGGGUUUAAAACACCCCGAAGACCUCAAAUACCACAGAUGCCACAGAUAUCACACAUUUCCGCACCGAAGCGCAAUAUAGGACUCGGAGGAUUUAGCAGAAAGGCAAAGGAACCAGUGGCCCCCAUGAACGAAACUGUGGAUGCUCCACCAGUCCUUCACGUCGAGCCAGAAAUUUCAGCGGCCGAUUCUCCAACGGAAGAGGAACCAAAAAGUUUGAUCGAUGAGGUGAAUCAUUGGAUUUCUCAAGAUCAAGAUAUCAACAGCAUUCCGAAAGAACUCCAACCACUCUUUGAUGAGAUCAAAGCUCCCAAAUUAAAUGGUCCUCCCAUGGGAAAACGUCAAAAGCCACAGGGAAGCCAACUCUUAGGUUCUAGUAUGAUAUGUCCAAAUCCAAUCAUGCUUACAACUUCUGGUAUUGAAGCUGUCUUUGAUAUUCAAAGGGUCAUAAUCGAGAUGCAAAAUCCUGAACACCUUCGAUACCAAGUACAGAGCGCUGUAAAUGAUGGUCAAAAGAUAAGCGGGCAUUGUACAAUCAGUACUGCACUGUCUAUGAUAAAAGUGAAUUUUACUUGUGAGGUAGGAGCCUUGAAAAAACAAUUAGACGUUUGUGAUGUGGUUCAGAGAGCUCUGUCUGACCUAGAGGAGAAGAGAACAUUCGGUCUACUAAAUUCCAGACCAGCUCUUACCAGAGGACAAGAAAGUGAUAGUUAUUACAAGAAGCUCACCUCGUUAUCCUCUGGUUUGAUGGGUAAAGUGCCUGAAAGUGUCGAUUCCACAGGAGAACAAAACCAAAACGCCUCUACUCCAGAUCUCGCAGCUCAAGUUCAAGCCUUAGGCGAGAAUUCAGAACAACUUCGUGUGGUUCGUAUGUUGGAUUUUGUCCAAGAAAACGAUAUAAACCAGAUUGUGGGUGAAUGGGUUCUUGCCAGGUUUACAGGCGUCGAAGGGGCAAAAUGGUUCCUAUGUCAAUUGGAAUUGGGGUCAACUCACAGUUACUAUGGACGACGAAUCGCUACAGAUAAAAUUGACUUCGAGAACGUUGUACCUGAACCUGGACUGGUGGAUCACUGGGAAAGCUAUAUGAAAAACAAGAAAAACGAACUUUGUCGUAUUGUAAAUGUGUUGGUUCAGGGACGGGUAGCUCGACAAUACGCGGACUCAGUUACCAGCUCGGAGAUCAAAAUCGAGAUUGAUGAUGAUUCAGAUCAUGAGGGUGCAGAUAAUAAAGAAAAGCUCAAAGACUUUCUCUUUAGGAGAGGGACACUCAUUGGCGCCGAACUUGUACAAACACUCACCGAUAUCUGGGGUGAAAGAUUGGAUGCAAUGUUGAAUGAUACUAUUCUUCAACAAGUUCCAAAAAGACUCAGAGCUGCCAUCAUGAAUUUGAACGAGAAUGAGGAUUUAUUACCAGCUAUGUUUCUGAGUGGAAUUCAGGUACAUAUGUUCUAG